CAGCUUGGUUUCGCAGCUGUCAGCAUCAAAUUCUUUGAACAUGGGGACGGCACUCUCGGCAGCUGUUUGUGUAUGCCAAAGGAGAUGCGGUCAAAACCCGAUGGAGGUUGAAGUCGCUGACGAUUUGGUGAGCCACAUGGUAUCGAACGUGGAUGGUAAUGGCAUGGAAACUCAAAACAGGCCUGCCCUGGUGAGUGAGGGCUUUCCACUUCCCAUGACUGCUGCAAAACCCUGGGGUGCCCCUUCCAGCCAGGAGGAUUUGCGCCGUAUGCAGUUGGCACACCAGAAAGAACAUGAAGAACAGAUGAGGUUGCACCUGAUGCGAUUAAAAGAACAUUUGGAACACCAGCAACGUGCCCAUCAGUUUCAUUCCGCAAGGCUCACAGGAGGGCUGAACUCAAAUCCAACUCUCCUGCAGGGCCUGCACCCAGGGAGGUCACAAGUCGCUUCAAACAAUGUGCAGUGUGCAAAGCCACCUGCUGAAGUGCUUAAGCCGCCCGCAGUCCAGACCCAGAUUGCCGAAGGUGGAUUGCAACCCGAAAGUCCAGAGAAAGAGCUCUUGCGGACAGAGGUUCCCAUUGUCAUGUUCGACGACAUUUUCUGACUGACACCAACUGUGGGCCGCUUUCAUAUCUAGUCAAUCUAGUCUGGUAGCGUCGGUAGCGUGGUAGCUUUCUGCUUACGUUGCCGAUUUAAGGUGGUAACAGUUGGAAAAAGGCGCUUAGCCCCGUGCAUUGCAAGUCGGGUGUCUGCUUGAACUCCUCAACAUUCUCC